CUGUCCCAAUCGAUAUCACUUACAUCACCACACACUCCUUCCCCCAAAUCUCACCCUCACCUUCACUUUCGUCAACCUAACUAUCCCUCCAAACACCCCAAACUAGAAAAUGAACCACCGCAUCACCACAACAGCCCUCCGCCUGAGACUAUCCCCAUUCUUCCUGACAAGACCCAGACUCCUCAGCACAACAACCCCUAAAAUGUCCAACAACCUCCCCACCCCCUCCUCCUGCUACGCAGACUUCUGCCUCAUCCCCAUAGGCACCCCCACGCCCUCGGUCGCAAAAGAAGUCGCCUCGGUCCAGUCCCUGAUCAGGGACUCAGGCAUAAAACACACAAUGCACUCCGCCGGCACCACCCUUGAGGGCUCCUGGGACGACGUCUUUAGAAUCAUCGGCCAGGCCCACUCCCUUGUCCACCAGAGCGGCAUCGUGCGCGUCCAGACUAGUUUGAGGGUUGGGACGAGAACGGAUAAGAAGCAGACUGCAGAGGAAAAGGUCAAACGAGUGGAGGAUAUUCUCGCUGCUGGGAAGGAGUAACGGACCACAAGUGUGGGAUGUGAUGGUGAAGAGAACUGUAUUGUUGUUGAAACGAAGAAAUGACCUCAAACACUAGCAAGCCAACGAUUAUGGAGUAAAUUGGCUCUCUUGUAUGCAUUAAAUGUCGACCAUCAUGAUAAACCUCCUCUAAUCUUCCCAAACAACAAAAAGGGGUUAUGCGUCUCU